UUAAAACGUGUCUGUAGUUUUGCAUUCAAUGCACAUCACCCCACAUAAAACAAAAGCACAAUCCCACAUGUUGAAAGCAACAAUCAAUGAAACAUGACGUCUAUCUUGCGUCUGCUUGCAUAUCCAAUUAAAUGACCGUCAUAAAUAGCGACAAAAAGUAGAUGAACACACACGCCAUCUGUGUCACUAUUCUGUGAGAUUUACAAUCGUCACGAUUACAGCGCCGCGGAAAGGAGCAGGCGAUUAAAAGUUGCUCAAGUUUGAACGACACUUUUGGCUAUUACGAUUAGUGGCGUCGGGACGAUCUCUUAAGCGAGUUUCAGGAGCAGAGGACCGACACCGGCUCCAGCAUGACGGGGCUUAUCGGAGGCUGUUCUUGGCCGCCGCUCGCCCACCCUCGUCGGGCAGAACAAGAUGACAAGGAGGAGGAGAAUCACCAGGCGCCGGCUGAUAAAGCUAAGCACCUGCAGGAGGACGCUGCAUCCUUCAUCAGUCUUGCAGAAAGUGGAAUGCGCACUCCGCAGUGCCGGAUCUGCUUCCUAGGCCCAGAUAAGGGGGAGCUGCUGAGCCCCUGCCGCUGCGACGGCUCUGUUCGCUUCUCUCACCAGUCUUGCCUUGUUCGCUGGAUCGGGGAAACAGGCUCCUGGAACUGUGAGCUCUGUCGCUUCAAAUACCGGGUCUUUUCCGUUUGCACCAAGAACCCACUGCAGUGGCAACCCAUCUCUCUGAACUUAAUUGAAAAGGUACAGAUUACAGCAGUCAUCCUGGGCGCUCUGUUCCUCAUAGCUAGUUUGGGUUGGCUUAUGUGGUCAAUUGUCAGCCCCUUUGCCGAAUUCCAGCGUCAGGAUUAUAUCUUUCAGAUAUUAUACGGCAUGUACGUCUUCAUGGACUUCGUUUGUAUAGGACUUCUAAUCCAAGAAGGACCAUCUGUUUACCGGAUUAUAAAGCGCUGGCAUACAAUGAAUCAGAAGUGGAAAGUGCUCAAUUAUGAGAAAAGGAAAGAUGCCAGCAGGAAAGGCGCUGGUGGUGAGGAAAGUACCACUGCAGAACUCCCCGAUAACGGGCAGGAGCCGAGGCGAUGUUCAAGGUCUUGCAUUACUCUCGAUAUCGGCAAUACGAUUUUGAGUAUCCUGAACAGGCUAAGGCCCAACAACCUUACCAUCAACCAUGAGGUCGUCAUGAGGGUGACCACUGUAUAGCAUGGUCAGAACCAAACAAAUGAACUCUGGUGUUGCAGGCAACACUGCCAUUAACUUGUAGUCAGGUUGAAUGCACACAAGCACAAUUUUGUUUAUGUGGCCAGUGGGUGAAUGGAUCAUGGAUUGGUUACAUCGGAGUCUCUAAAAAAAAAGAAAAAUGAACAUCAUUUGUUGAAUAAAAUGACAAUUGUUGAAUAAAAGUACAUUUUUAAGGUUGUGCUACAUCUUAUUUAUUGUCAUGACUAACAUAAAGUUGUAUGUACUGUUAUCUUUUUUUUUUUUCUUCUUCUUACUGCCUGGACCCAUCAGUUUUUCAGCUGCUUUCUGAAGAAUUGACAUAUCUUUUGUAGAAAUACUGUUUUGCGUAUUUGGACUGCAAUUGUAUCCACUGAGACAUUUGAACUUGCAGAGCGAAGUGGAUCAGAUUUUAAAAAUCCAAAUAAAACUAUGCCGUGAU